AUGGGCGAGCACCCCAGCCCCGGCCCCGCCGUGGCCGCCGGCGCCGAGGCGGAGCGCAUCGAGGAGCUGGAACCCGAGGCUGAGGAGCGGUUGCCCGCGGCGCCCGACGACCACUGGAAAGUCCUGUUUGAUCAGUUUGAUCCUGGGAACACAGGCUUCAUCAGCACAGGCAAGUUUCGAAGCCUCCUGGAGAGCCACAGCUCCAAGCUGGACCCACACAAAAAAGAGGUGCUCCUGGCUCUCGCUGACAGCCAUGCAGAUGGGCAGAUCUGUUACCAGGAUUUUGUCAACCUGAUGAGCAACAAGCGUUCCAACAGCUUCCGUCAGGCCAUCCUGCAGGGCAACCGCAGGCUGAGCAGCAAGGCCCUGCUGGAGGAGAAGGGGCUCAGUCUGUCUCAGCGCCUGAUUCGCCACGUGGCCUACGAAACGCUGCCCCGAGAGAUUGAUCGCAAGUGGUACUAUGACAGCUAUACCUGCUGUCCCCCGCCCUGGUUCAUGAUCAUGAUCACGCUGCUGGAGGUUGCCUUUUUCCUCUACAAUGGGGUGUCGCUGAAUCAAUUUGUGCUGCAGGUCACCCAUCCACACUUCCUAAAGAAUUCGCUGGUUUACCAUCCCCAGCUCCGGGCUCAGGCUUGGCGCUACCUGACGUACAUCUUUAUGCACGCGGGGGUAGAACACUUGGGACUCAAUGUUGUGCUGCAGCUGCUAGUGGGAGUGCCCCUGGAGAUGGUACAUGGAGCCACCCGCAUCGGGCUUGUCUAUGUGGCCGGCGUUGUGGCAGGGUCUCUGGCCGUGUCUGUGGCUGACAUGACUGCCCCUGUUGUGGGCUCCUCUGGAGGGGUGUAUGCUCUCGUCUCUGCCCAUCUGGCCAACAUUGUCAUGAACUGGUCGGGCAUGAAGUGCCAAUUCAAGCUGCUUCGGAUGGCCGUGGCCUUGAUCUGUAUGAGUAUGGAGUUCGGGCGGGCUGUGUGGCUCCGCUUCCACCCAUCGGCUUAUCCCCCAUGCCCUCACCCUAGCUUUGUAGCACACUUGGGUGGCGUGGCUGUGGGCAUCACCCUGGGCGUGGUGGUCCUGAGGAACUAUGAGCAGAGGCUGCAGGACCAGUCGCUGUGGUGGAUUUUUGUGGCCAUGUACGCCAUCUUUGUGCUGUUCGCUGUCUUCUGGAACAUCUUUGCCUACACCCUGCUGGAUUUGAAGCUGCCACCGCCCCCCUAAGGGGCCAGAGGACUGGGGUGAGUGGGGGAGGCAGCCUCUGGAAGGGAACUCAUGCAUCUGUGUCUCAUCACCAGCUCAGCGAGGCCAGGGAGAAAGAAAGCACGAAGACUCUGAGCUGCUGUGAUAUGUGUGUCCAUACUGGACAGACACUGGAGUCUUUCACCUGAAAGGCAUUGGUAGAGGAGCCUAGGUAUGGGUGUUGUCAAUAUUUUCUUAGGCGCUUCUGACAUCAGGCCAGUGUGAAGGCUUGGGGGUAAGGUGGAGUAGCCAAACCCCAGGCUGGGUUCCAUGUUUGCUUCCAUGGGCUCCUUUUCCCUCCUCUUCCACAUUCAGAGACCCUCAAAGACAUGGGGAAGCCCUGAGAGUCACCACAGCUCUUCCUCAGCCCAGGGAUAACAGCAGGCCAGGCGGUGUUCCCUCCGCAGCCUGGGGUUUGGAGGAGUCUAGGAUAUGAAGGAGGCCUGCCUGGUAGAGGAUAUUCUGGCUUUGACCUUGAAACCAGGGUUCCCUCCUGGGCCUGCCAGUGAGUGCUGGAACAUGAUCUCCAGGACCUGUGCUGGACGCAACAGAGGGACACUGAAGGCCAGUAUGGCCCAUGAAAGGGCCCAGUCUGGUGGGAGUAACCUUCAAGUUCCCUCUGGGGAAAGCUCAGAGCCAGCUUUUCAACUUCUCCCUCCUUGCCAUCCGAAGUGCUGGCCUCUCACACCAGUGCCCAACAUCUGUGCCCUGCGUAGACUUCAGGGUCUUUCUUUCCCUUCCACUGCCUGACUACUUGGUGCCUCUCCUUUGGGUAUGGAGUUUGUGUGUGAGUGUGCCUUUGUGUGUGUGCGCGCGCCCGUCUGUGGAGUGGCAAAUACAAUGUGAGGCAAGUUGGAGCCUACACUAGAAGUGCAUGGGGAGACAGUGGGAGCACCCGGAGCAUCGUAUAAGAGGAGAGAAGGCACUGGGAAGGUUGAGCCAUGGUGUGGGGGGAAUGCUAAAUGCCUUGGAUUUUAGCACAGCUUGCCCUCUUGUUUCCCCUCUCCUGUCCCUUCUAGACACUUCCCUGAGCAUGAUGAGUGCAAGAAAACUGUCCUUGAUAAAGGGAGAUAUUGGACUCUACCAGGGGCUCUUAGACUGCCAGGAGGAAACUCUCAGCUGUUUCGAUCUGAGAUGGUCUCCAUGCCCAAAAAUGUCCUGUUCUGCCUCUCACAGAAGGGACUUUUUGGGGUGGUGCCAGAGGGGCUGGGACAGGACUACCAAGGCCAUGUGUCUGUAUAAUGAUGCUGUAAAAGAAAUUAACUGAUGUAAGAAACUGCUCUGGAGAAUCGUUGGGCUUUGGAUGAUUAUCCAAGGUGAGAGCAGCUCAUAAGAGUUAGGUGCGUAGAGGUAAGUCUACCCUUGCCCUCAUGUCACAGGCAGGAAAGUUAGGGAAUGACUUGGUCCAUAUUCCAGCAAUCCCAGCACCAGGGUAGGAGUUUGGAGGGGAAGCCCUGCCUCCCAGCAGGGUCCCCAGCUGCCUCUGCCUACAUAAGAAGAGAAGGGAUGCUCUGACUAGCACUAGGAGAAGCUACUGCAAAGCCCAGAGUGACUGCCAGUGACAAACUAUAUCAUUCCCUUAAAAACUUCCUUGGUGACUCUCAGCCUCGACAAAGAACUGCUGGGCUAGGAGGUGAGGAACAGAGUUCAUGCCGGAGCCAGUGCAGGGAUGUGGGAGCUGCCUUCUACCAGCACUACUCCCAGCAGAGCCCUUCCUGUGGUAAGAUCUGGAGUCAGCCAGGCCAGGCAUUGGAGAACUGGGGCCACAGUAGCCUUCUGGCCUGGAGAUUGCGUGGGUAUGGAAAGGAUCUUUCUACCCAGGGGCAUGCCCACUCACCACAGUGUCUUCCAACCCCUCCCUGACCUUUGCCCAGAACUAGGUUGUCCUGCUCCCCGCAUAAGGGUCCUGCUACACUGGAACCAAUACCACGCUGAGGCCUAUCCAUGUUUGGCUGAGCUGCGUCAGGCUGGAGACCUCUGUGCCUUGCUUGCAACUAUCAGCCUGGAA